CUAAUGGUUGGGAGUGGAGAGGAAAGGAGGUGAAAAAGCAAUGGCGUCUUCAGUUUCAACUUUAACUAACGUGGCGUUGCUGGGAGAGAGAAACUUCCCUCCUUUUUCUGUUCUACUCCCUCGUGAUUAGCUUCCCUCCCCCACAUACCCAACAUUAAAAUACACUCUUCUUCUUCUUCUUCUUCCCUACUAAUAAGCUUUCCUUGGAACCCAACCCAUCUCACUUCACCUGUCUCUCUACAUCCUGAAGAAGGGGGAAAAAGCGUGAAGAAGAAAGACCCACUGUGGGUUUAGCGAGCAGCAAAAGAAAAUGCCCAGACAUGGCGGGAUUCCUAUGACCAAUUAGCCUCCGCUUUGGGAAGGUGUCGGUGGGUUCGUUAGUCUAUGUUCGCCGCAUCUUCUUCUUUCUUCUACUCGCUACCCACCGACUGCUCACUAUCUUCAGUAAUCCACCAAAGGGUGACCUUAUCUGUAAGUUAAUUUUCUUUUCUGGUUAGAUUCCCCAUUUGGGUUUCAGCUUUCUACCCAAUUUUGGAAAUUCUCUUUAGGUUUCUUCUGCUGGGUUGUAGUUUCAUUUGUUAGGUGAAAUCUUUAGACGCUCUUUCUUUUGCUUUGCGGGUCUGGUCUGAAUUCAAAGCUGCUGGUAUCAUUAUCAACGCCGCCUGCAAGAUCUGGACUUGCUCUCACUGGAAUACAUUCUUCUGCGUUGAUUUAAUGGAUUGACGCUCUCUUUUCCCCUUUUUGUGGUUUUCUGUUUUGGAUUGACCCCAUUUCCCUCGCAAUUCGGUAUCAUCGAGUAACAAACAACUGGUUGUUUAACGUUUUACUUUUGGAUACACAUAGAAUUUUGGUGCUUGCUCUCACUUGUAUAUUGCCUGCAGAAUUCAGUGAGGCUUAAUGUGAAUCGUUUUCCCAGUUCUGCAGGGUUUGAGAGUUGCUGUGUGUGUAAUCAUCUUCACAUAUGGGAACUCUGUCAACUGAUGACCGGGUGCUGAACCGGGAUGUUUUGUACUUGUCGCUGGGGCUCAGGGAAGCAGGGAAAGGAUCAUCGUGUAAUCGAUCCCCUCCUCGUGUUCUAGCACUUGUUUCGUCGCUUCUCGAGAGAUUGGUUAAGAAGAAUGAGAUGCUACUGGAGAGUAAUGAGAUCAAAGAUGUGAUCACUGUUUUCCAUGGCUUGAGAGCACCACCAGUGAGCAUUCAGCAGUACAUUGAACGCAUCUUCAAGUACUCUUGCUGCAGUCCUUCCUGUUUUGUUGUUGCACAGAUAUACUUGGAUAGAUUUGUCAAACAGACCAAUGUACACUUAACGUCGCUAAAUGCCCACCGCCUCCUCAUCACCAGCAUCAUGCUUGCAGCUAAAUUCGUCGAUGAUGCAUUCUUCAACAAUGCGUACUAUGCCAAAGUAGGAGGAAUAAGCACAGGGGAGCUGAACAAGUUGGAAAUGAAGUUUUUGUUUAGUGUAGAUUUCAGACUUCAGGUAAAUACCACCACAUUUGAGAGAUACUGCUGUAAUUUGGAUAGACUAGAAGCCACGGACGUGCUUCAGAUUGAACGGUCGAUUCAAGCUUGUCGAAUCAAGGAGACCUGGUCGAACAAUGAGGAUUCGGCACCCACUUGUGCUCCUGCAAUUGCAAGAUGAAGAUGGUUUCUGUAAGACUAGUGCCUACUGCACUGGUACUGUUCGAUCGGUCGAUCCCACAUUGAUUUGUUCAUUGAAAGUUGGGCGUUGUAGCUAGGUAGAGCUGGACAAGCAUAUUGAAAGGUUAGCAGAUUUUGGAGACUAUUUGAAUUGUCAAUUUACUUGCACUGGCAUGUGGUGCCUAGUUAUUCAUUUCCCCUCAUCACAGUCAUUCCUUCUUGUUGUUGUAUAGAUUUGAGAGAGAAACUCCAGAGUUCACGGAAUUUUAUUGCUGUUUGAGUGUUUGUUUCUGUUCCUCUGAUUUUGAACUUUACUUCUACACUGACGAUUGGGUUGUUAAAAGCAUCGAUCUUUUUAGUUGGC